GCAUCAGCUCCUCUAAACAAUACGGCCCACAGCAUCUGGCUACCAUCGCAAAAAGGCUAAAAAAAAAAAAAUUACAGAAGAAGAACACUCGCUGCUCUGCUGUUCCAGUUCCAGUUCCAGUUCGAUCCCGUCGUCCUCUUCCUCACCUCGCCUCGCCGUCGCGUCAUCCGAUCCGCUCCUCGCCGCAGCCAGCCACCGGCGGCUCGGCUGAUCUCACCGCACAGUCUCCAUGGCUGCAGGGUGUUAAGAGAGAGUAGAAGGGCGACGGGCGGAGCCACGACGGCGGGCUGGGUGCCAGAACAGAAGGGCGGCGGGCGUGGGAAGGCUCGGUGCCGGCAAAGGAAUCCUCCACUUCUGCCAUCCUGGUGCGAAUAUGUCAGAUAGUGCAUUGAAAGAUCUAAAUCUAGCUCAAUCAGCAGAGCUGGGGAAAACCAAUGAUAAUUCUGCGAAGUCUUGCAUCACUAAACCUGCCUUGAACGGCAACAAAUGUGCGAGUACGGAGGAAAAUGCCCCACCUAUAUGCCCCGAUGCUUUGACAAAUGGGUGUGAACCUGCCAUUGCAGAUGUUGAGUAUAUUGACUCUGAGAAUCUGACAGAUCUCCCAGAUGCUGGUGCAAGUCUUAGUACUUUGGUUGGAAGGUUGGAUUCAAAAGACUGGGUUAUGACAUGUGAAGCUCUUAAUAAUGUACGUCAGUUGGCAAUAUAUCACAAGGAUAGAUUGCAGGAACUUUUGGAAACACUAGUUCCACUUAUUGUGAAAUCAGUCAAGAAUCCAAGGAGUGCUGUCUGUAAGACCGCACUGAUGACCUGUGCUGAUAUUUUCAAGGCAUAUGGUGACAUAAUGGUUGACUUGAUUGAUCCACUGUUGGUGCAGCUAUUUCUAAAAUCUUCACAAGAUAAGCGUUUUGUCUGUGAAGCUGCCGAGGCAGCUCUUGUAUCGAUGACAAGCUGGAUUGCCCCUUCUGUUCUGUUACCAAAAAUGCAGCCCUACCUUAAGAACAGGAAUCCACGAAUUCGAGCGAAAGCAUCAAUGUGUUUCAGCAAGAGUGUGCCACGCUUUGGUGUAGUGGAAAUUAACGAAUUUGGAAUGGACAAGCUUGUUGAGAUCGCAGCAACUCAGCUUAGUGACCAGCUUCCUGAAUCAAGGGAGGCUGCUCGCAAACUGGCACUGGAGCUACAAGCAUUCUAUGAGAAGUCUCAAACCUUGAGUUCUGGUGAAGUUGACACGACACCUGCUACCUCUCCUGAUUCUGAAUCAUGGGAAUCUUUCUGCCAAUCAAAGCUUUCCUCGUUAAGUGCACAAGCAAUCCUUCGUGUCACCAGUAGGGUGUAGCUGUGGGUGUCACUUGUUCUACUCCAAAAGAAGGCGUGGCCAUUGGUUGCUAGCAUCAGGAGGUAGUAGAUGCAAUGAGGUUGUGGUUUUCCAUCCAAUUCACCUUUUGCUGUACUGCCUGUACAUGGUUAUGGUUGCUCUUUCUCUACAUCCAAGGUUCGAUAGUUCAGGUAUGACCUGUGGUGUUAAUAUUGGUGCGAGAUAUAUCUGUUAUAGUUGAUUGUAUGAUCUUUUUUUUAUUCCCAAUUGCUUGGUAUUGAUUGGUCAGGCGAAUGUAGAAUUUCUUGCACUAUUCAUUAUUAUACUGCACAGUAAAUUUUCCAUCUCGUGGUCUUAUGUUUC